CAACACGUCUAGUUCACAGCAGACUGAAAAACUUUUGCACUCUUGUGGAUUUAUCCAGCAAACUUCGACCUUUUCGAUCCAGGACAACCUAUUCAGCUUCUCGGACGUGUUUGUGGCUUUGCUUGGGUGCGUGUGUGUGUGGGUUGUUUUUUUUUCUAGAGAUGCCGAGGAAGAAGAACUUCAGGAUUUCGCAGGCGGCUCGGAGGAGGGCUGCGGACAGACGGACCCUUGACGUUUCUCCUCAGGUUCCCAUGGACCGCUGUGCACCGCAUGGCACUGGGCACCGGCACAAGGUGAGGAGGUGGGAGGUGUCGGUGCUCACAGGGCGGCAGCACAAGUUGGUUCUUCCGUCGGAGUCCCACGGCAAAAAGGUGGUUUUUGCUAUUGGUGACUCCCAUCUUCGAAGCCUUGCAGAUGGCAUCGUGCGGUUGCCUGAGGGUCGUCUGGCGUGGGGGUUCAUGUCAACGCCGGGGGCAAGCGCCACCGAGUUGAGAACUGAGGUGCUUCAUGCUGAGGUGCCUCAGGAUCCCGACUUGGUGUGCGUCUUGGCUCCGAGCAAUGACUUGACCGCCAAGCACACCAUCGGCCGUGCGGCUGCAGACUUCCAGCGGUACCUAGCCACCGUCUGCAGUCGCUGGCCGAAGGUGUGUGUGCUGGACUUUCCUCCGAGGUUGACCGUUGAGGACUCCCUGCAAGAGCUCUACCGCCAGGAGUUCCACCGGGUGGCAGCCCGCAUGGCUGUGAAGUACUUCCACAUCGCGGACCACUUCCCCCGGCAGUGUCUCAACCUGUGGAGUCGCGAUGGUGUCCACCUGAGUGAUGACGUCGGCAUGGAGAUCUUCGCCCAGCUGCUGUGGACGGUUGCUUACACGCAACUGGAGACCGUGCCGCCAGCCCCGCCGGUGUGUCGUCCAUCCCCACCUUCUCGCUUCACUCCUCGUGUGGUUGUGAAGGGAGAGGUGAGGGUGCGUCGCAGCCCUGGGCCCGAGGAGUGGACUGUCGUUGGUCCGAGCGGCAAGUCCUCUGGAGGAUGCAGUGCAGUUCAGCGGGAGCCGGCUGGCAUCCCCCUGAAUCCUGUGCUGUUCAGCAGUGAGAUGUUGGAGGAGAUGGAGAAGGUUUCUCCAUCAAAUCUGACAUCUCCUGCUGACUUUGCUGGUGUUUCACCGCCAAAGACGCUGCGUGUGAAACACCACUCCAAGAGGACUCGAAGGGCCGCAUCCAGCCGAGGGAUUUCUUCUGACUCCAAGGCCGCUCUGGAGUCGAAGAAGGUCGGGGCAACGUCCAGGCAUCCGGUCCCUUCUGGCCGCACUGACGAGAGGACGGUUGAGACAACACAGAGCCCGGGUGUGUUGUCUUCUACUGAUGAAGAUGAGGCAACUACUGCGAAGGUAAGUGAGGUGAGUAUGGGUAAUGUUGAUGUUGUUAGGGGUUCAGUUCACCAGGGGCACAGUCGGUUUAGGAAUCCGGGAGUUCAGUGUAUGGCGAUAGGGUUGGUUAGUUUGGCCAGACAUAUGGUGUCUAGUGUGUUCAAUUGGAAGACAGAAGAUUUAGAUUUAGCUCUGUGGUUAGGAGAUCAGCUCUAUACACAUCUGAAGGACCAUGGUCUAAUUCCUCCAGGAGAAGACUUUUUGAUGAUCCCAGAGUUGCCGAAAGAGCACGUUUUAUACUGGCAGAACUUUAAGUUUGCGUUCCCUGAGACUGUCAGUGGUGAUGUCACUGUGACUGAAGGAGAGUUCAUUGAGUGUGGAGCAUUUGUGACUCUAGAACAUGGGCUGGAAAGGAUUUUAUCUCAGUACCAGACAUCAAAAGCCCAAACCCGAAGAAACUGUGCGGAGAAAAAAAAGGAGAUGGACACGGUUUCUAACGCUGAUAUCCUCCAAGCCAUAUGUGAGUUAAAGCAGAGUUUCUCCAUCUUUGAGCAGAAGUUGCAACAAAACACUACAGACAUUAAAGAAGUAAAAGAAGUGAUGAAAGGACUCAGCUUUCAAACUAAAGAAACAGAGGAAAAAGUGAUAAAACUGGAUAAAAGGGUGGACGAACUGAAAGAAAAAACCGAAGAAGGGGAAAGAUACAGCAGAAGAUGGAAUUUGCGGCUCAUCAACCUCCCAGAAAAGGAAACCGAAGAUGUGAGGCAAGAAGUUUUCAAAAUAUUGAGCCAAAUUACGCCAGAUGAAAAAAACAAGCUGGGUUUCCUGGUCGAUAUGGUGCACAGAGUAGGACGCCCGAGGGAAGACAACAAACCGCGUCCAGUGAUCAUCCAGUUCAACAUGCGGACCUUCAGGACCAAGAUCUGGAGAGAGUCGCGCAACGCCGACAUCCUGAAGAGGAUGAACCUCCGAAUGGCCGAAGACCUAACCCGCUCCGAGAAAGAAUGCAGAAACAAACUGUGGCCUUUGGUGGAACAAGCACGCAAGGAGGGAAAAAAAACCAGAUGGCAAGGGCCGACGGUCUUCAUCGACGGAGUGAAAUUCACAGCGUAA